CCUGCGUCGCUAGACUUUUUUUUUUUUGUACUUUACUCCCCUAACCUUUAUUUGCCUGUGGUCGCUGCUGCCGCUGCCGCUAUCUACCCGUUAUCAACUAUCUUCCCUACCCCCCUCCCCCCCUUAUCUUCCCGCGCACUCGCUCACCACCCCCAAACGAAUCGGACCCUUAUCCGAAUGGAAGGGAGACCGAGAGAGAAGAAAGAGAUUGCGUGCGUUUGUGGUGUAUGCUGUCGUUCCUUCUUUACUGAUGCUGUUGUCUCUGCACUUGUAGGUUGAAUGGCGGAGCCUCUCCAUUUGCUGCAAUGACUUUCGCUACCUCGUCACCCGGGGCCAGCACCGCCGCCGGUCAGGGGACAACACCUCCAAUCUGCCAAAACUGCACAACAUCGACGACACCGUUAUGGCGACGCGACGAAGCGGGCUCGGUCCUCUGCAAUGCAUGCGGGCUCUUCCUCAAGCUCCAUGGCCGCCCUCGACCAAUCUCCCUCAAGACGGACGUGAUCAAGAGCCGAAACCGAGUCAAGAACUCCGGGCAGCCUCAGAAGAAGAAGGCUAGCCUCUUCGACUCGCCGAACUCGCACGGCCCCACCAGUUCGAGCUCGCACCCCACCCCGCGAUCGGAAGCCGGCACUCCUCCACCUGGUCAUCACCAUCACCAUCACCGCUCGGUGUCACCUCAGUCGUCGCGCUCGGGGACACCGCUGCCCAGUAUUUUCGACCACUCGCUGCUGCACCACACCGGCGCCGACUCGCCGCCCACACUGCCCUCCCUGUCCGCACUGAACCAGCCGUCACCACCGUACCAUGGGCACGACUCGCACACGAUGGAAUCGCUGAUCGCCGUCAACAACAAGUUGAAGACGCGGGUGGCGGAGCUGGAGCUGGUCAAUGAUCUGUUCCGGGGGCGGGUCGGAGAACUCGAGAAUUCCGAAGCCACCACACGGCGAACAGAGGUGGGUCGCAAAGAGGCCGAGGCGCACCUGCGACACGCUCUCGAUGCGGCCACCAGGCGAGGGGACGAGCUGAAGCGCAAGGUCGACGAUAUGGAGCGGGAGAUUGCCGAGCUACGGGGCGAGAGCCCGACGCGGAAGAAGGUGCGCGUGUCGGAUCUGACGGGUUGACAUCCGGCUCGGUCACGGGGGUGAGAGGGUGCAAAGGGUGUUGAGGGAGUGUGGAUCGGAUACAGCGACUUGCUUUCGUUUUCACUUU